AUGGGCCUCCUCAACGGCCUGCGCCUGACCGCCCGGCGGCUCCUCCGCUCCCGCAGCCUGCGGAACCUCGUCUUCCUCAUCACCGUCUACGUCCUCCUCGACGCCCUGCGUUUCCAGCGCCGCGUGACCUCUGCACCGCGGCACGACCCCACGAGGCCGCGGCACCCGGGGAGGGUGUACAUCGCGGGCAUGCACUAUAAUGACGAGGGCAUAAUCAAGACGCACUGGAAUAAAGCGGUGCUGGACCUCGUGGAGGCGCUCGGUCGGGACAAUGUCUAUGUCUCUGUGUACGAGAGCGGGAGCUGGGACGAUACCAAGACAGCGCUGCGGGAGCUGGACGCAGAGUUGGCCGGGAGGGGGGUGAGGAGGAACGUUGUGCUCGACGAGAGGACGCACGCGGAGGAGGUGGAGGAUGUCCCAGCCGAGGGGGAGGCGAGGCAGGGGUGGAUUAUGACGCCGAGGGGCAAGAGGGAGAUGAGGAGGAUCCCGUUCCUCGCGAAAUUGAGGAAUUUAACAUUGAAGGAUUUGUGGAAGCUUGGGGAGGAGGGGGAGAUGUUUGACACGGUACUUUUUCUGAAUGAUGUGGUGUUUACAACCGAAGACGUCCUCACACUUCUAGACACCAACGGCGGGCUCUUCGCUGCGGCCUGCUCGCUCGACUUCGAGCGCCCGCCGUCCUACUACGAUACCUUUGCGCUGCGGGACUCGGCGGGGCAGGCGACCCUGAUGCAGACGUGGCCGUACUUUCGCUCCGAGGCGAGUCGGGAGGCGAUGUUGGCGUACUCGAACGCCGUGCCGGUGCGGAGCUGCUGGAACGGGAUCGUGGCGAUGCCCGCGGCGCCGUUCCUGGCCAACAGAGGGCGGAGGCUCGAGUUCCGCGGGGUGGCGGAUUCGCUGGCCGAGGAGGCGCACCUCGAGGCGAGCGAGUGUUGUCUGAUUCACGUUGACAACCCGCUGACGGAGGACUUGGGUGUGUUUGUGAACCCGAGGGUCAGGGUCGGGUACUCGCCGGCGGCGUACGACGCGGUCCAUCCCGCCGACGGCGGGAGCUGGCUUUCCGUGUGGAGGAUCAUGGCCGGGGUCUGGGAGGCAAGGGUGAGGCGGGUGUUGACGGGUGAUCGGCUCAAAGAGUGGGUUGUUAGGAAGAGGUUUACGGAGUGGGAGGCGGGAGGUGUUGGUGACAAGGAGAAGCGGAGCGAGAAGGGGGUCGACUGUUUGGUUAACGAGGGUCAAGUCCUUGUGUACAAUGGAUGGGCUCAUGUUUGA